AUGUCCAGGAUCCGUAAAGCUCGCCUCUAUCAGCAGAAGACUGCUGAGGCACAGAUACGCUCAGGACCAGAGAACGCCGAUGCAGCGCCAGUGAGGGUAGGGGGCCGGACGCUGCGACCCGGCGCCGCGCUGGAAAGCGCCGAGGCGGCCGCCGCGCGCACCGCGCGCAUCGACGCUGCGCUAGCACAGUAUCGGAGGAACGUGGGGCUGGACGUCGAUCCUGACGCUGCGGCUGCCGCACAGAAGCUGGUGGACAGUGGGGCAGGGUACUUCCGUGUGGGGCAGCUCCAAGCCGCGCUGGCCGAGUACCAGGCAGCGGGCCUCCUCGUUCCUAUGAAAAGCGCAGUGGGGGGCGACGCCGCCCUGGGCGCCGCACUUUCCCUGGACUCGCUGGGGCGCGGCGAGGAGGCCGCGGAGCUGUACAAGGCCCUGCGCUCGCACCGCAAGGCAGAGGUGGCCAAGGUGGCCGCCCGCAUGCUCUUCGGCUUCAAGGCGGCCGAGAAGCUGAAGGUGGCGUCCAUGGGGUCUCUGUCGCCCGCCAGUGACUGGACGCCCUACUUCCAGCGCAUCGCCCGGCAGGACACCGCCUGGGGCGCGGCGGGCGUGCCGGCCCCCAAGAAAGCCGCCGGGGAGGAAAGCGCGGGGAGUGGCGGCCUGCGCACACGCCUGCUGGGGUGGGGUGUGGCGACCGCGCUCGCCUCCCCGUGCCUAUGGCUGGCGUGGCGAGUGUACUCCCACCAGCACGGCCCCUGA